AGUCAUUUGCAAAGGAGUAAAUCACGGAAAGCGGGGUGAGAGCGCGACAGGCUCCCGGUUUCAGUGUUUCAACUGGAAUUGUGAUGCGCAGGAAUCUCUCUUUCUCUUCUGCAGCUUCUUCUUGUCUUUGUUCCUCUUUUUUCUUCUUCUUCGGUGGGGAUCUUAUGGAACCGUGCUGAUUGUUGUAUAAGCCUACUUCUUGUUUUAGUUGUUCUGCUUGUUCUCUCUGCUCCUGCUCUGGUUGCCUCUUGUUACCGUUAGUCACACCGCAACCAGCUUGUGUAUUGUGGCUGUCACGGAAGCUGCGCAGCUCCGGCCGCGGACCCGCUUGUCUUUCCCCUAUCUUGGGCCGUGUGUGUAUGUGUGUAGUUGGUUUGUCACUACAUCUCAGCACAGCACGGAUACAGCAGGAAACAAUAAAAAGACACGCCAGAAAGCCUUCUUUGAUUGUGCUGAGCCAAACGCAAACUGAAAAAUAUCCAUAUCGAAAGAUGAGCUCAUAUUUUGUAAACUCGCUCUUCUCAAAAUAUAAAAGUGGAGAUACGUUACGUCCGAACUACUAUGAAUGUAGUUUCGCACAGGACCUGGCCGGCAGCCGGCCCACCGUGGUCUACGGACCGGGCUCUGGCGCUACCUUCCAACACACUCCGCAGAUCCAGGACUUCUACCAUCACAGCGCCUCCUCGCUUCCAAGCAACCCCUACCAGCAGGGUCCGUGCGCGGUCACAUGUCAUGGGGAGCCGGGGAAUUUUUAUGGAUAUGACGCCCUGCAACGGCAGACACUUUUUGGGGCCCAAGACGCUGACCUGGUCCAGUACAGCGACUGUAAACUCGGUGGCGCGACCGGCCCGAGCACCGAGGACACGGAGGGGACCGAGCAGAGCCCUUCACCGACACAGUUGUUUCCCUGGAUGAGGCCACAAGUAGCUGCGGGCAGAAGACGAGGGCGCCAGACCUACAGUCGCUACCAGACUCUGGAGUUGGAGAAGGAGUUCCUGUUCAACCCAUACCUUACCAGGAAGCGCCGCAUCGAGGUGUCUCACGCAUUGGCACUGACAGAGCGGCAGGUGAAGAUCUGGUUCCAGAACCGCAGGAUGAAAUGGAAAAAGGAGAACAACAAGGACAAGUUCCCCAGUAGCAAGAGUGAACAGGAGGCGGUGGAACGGGAGAGGAGGGAAAAAGAACUGAGAGAGGCCGGUGGCGGUAAUGGUGGAGGAAAUGGAGAAGGAGGCGGGGGAGCAGGCGCGGUGGCUGUGGCAGGUACAGCGGGGUCACAAGGCUCUGUCAGCGAGGACUGCUGUGAGAAACCACACAAACAAAUGUAAAGAAAAUGGCAGCAAACUUUGAGGGGUUGGGGGUGGUUGAUCUAAAUGGUGAACCGAGAUGAUGGGUAAAGUUGGACCUGUGGACUGUUUUAUCUCUAGUUAGGGCAAUGGACUGCAUAAUCUUGACACGACUCCACGAAUUGGGAGAGUGAUGAGUUAGAAGGACUUAAGGUCUGCUGUCAGCCAAAACCACAAGACAAGAGCUUACAAAGCAAGAAAGGACUCUAAUCACUAUAAGUCAAGCUGAAUUGGAUGGCACUUAUCAUUUGAACUUAACCCGAAUAUAAUCGCCAGCCCCACCCCUCAAUGAAAAAGAAAAAGAAAGAAGAUUAAAGGGUAGCUUCCUUUUUUGUGGAACAAGUAUCGUGAAACAUUUCUAUAUUGUUAGAAUUUUAUCAUUAACAGUUUCAUCUUUGGCAGCUGUAAAGUUUUUAAGUUAAAUAUUAUGAUGGUGCACUUUUUACUGUAAUUUUCACGUCAAUGUUCUUGUUGUUAUGGCUAUGAUUUAUGAUAAUUAUGAAGAUGAUUAUGUAGCAAUUAAUGGAAUUUCCAACAACAUGAAACUGCCUAUUUAUGCCGAUUUAGUGGGUUGGGUCUCUCAUUUUAUACACACUCUGAUUGUCAUUUUAGUUAUUUUUUGACGUAGCCUAUGUCAAGGAUAUUUGUUUUAUGUUGUAUUCCUAUAUCGUUUAGGGAAAAGAGCAUGCGCACAGUGCAGAUAAAAAAGUUAAAACGUCAAUAAAUAAAAAUAAUAAAAAUUGAUUGAAAAAAUAA